CCAUCAACACCAACUGUCACAUCAACAUCAGUUACACCACAAACAAAUGCCACAACACUUACAUCCACAACUGGCUCCACCUCAACACCAGCACAAUCAUCAACAUCAGUACCCAUCACCACAUCACCUCAAACAUCUCCUUCAACAUCACAGCCUAUGACACUAUCUCCUUCCUCAUCAUCAGUAACCAUCACAACACAGGCGUCAUCAUCAGUCUCUAUCUCUGCCUCCUCUACACCAGCAGCUACAACUCCAACAUCUGCUUCAGAAGCAACAACAUCAACAUCAUCAACAUCAACUGUCACAUCAACAACUGACUCCACCUCAACAACAUCACAAUCAUCAACAUCAGUACCAAUCACAACAUCAACUCAAACAUCUCCUUCAACAUCACAGCCUAUGACACUAUCUCCAUCCUCAUCAUCAGUAACCAUCACAACACAGGCGUCAUCAUCAGGCUCUAUCUCUGCUUCCUCUACACCAGUAGCUACAUCUCCAACGUCUGCUUCAGAAUCCACCACAUCCCCCGUACCAUCAACAUCAGCUACACCACAAACAAAUGGCACAACACUUAUAUCCACAACUGACUCCACCUCAACACCAGCACAAUCAUCAACAUCAGUACCCAUCACAUCAUCACCUCAAACAUCUCCUUCAACAUCACAGCCUAUGACACUAUCCCCAUCCUCAUCAUCAGUAACCAUCACAACACAGGCGUCAUCAUCAGUCUCUAUCUCUGCUUCCUCUACACCAGUAGCUACAACACCAACAUCUGCAUCAGAGGCAACAACAUUCCCAGUAUCAUCAACACCAAUUGUCACAUCAACAUCAGUUACACCACAAACAAAUGCCACAACACUUACAUCCACAACUGGCUCCACCUCAACACCAGCACAAUCAUCAACAUCAGUACCCAUCACAACAUCACCUCAAACAUCUCCUUCAACAUCACAGCCUAUGACACUAUCUCCAUCCUCAUCAUCAGUUACAACCACAACACAGGCGUCAUCAUCAGUCUCUAUCUCUGCCUCCUCUACACCAGUAGCUACAACUCCAACAUCUGCUUCAGAAUCCACCACAUCCCCCGCACCAUCAACAACAACUGUCACUGUUCGCCAAACAACUACUCCUACAACAACUACUGCAGCACUCAUCCCAGAGCCUGAAGUAAACCUGGAAUUCAAACUAGAGAAGACGUUCACACAAGAACUGCAAAAUGCCUCUUCACCAGCAUUUCAAGAGCUGGCUACUCAAGUGACCGAAGCGCUAGAUAAAGUAUACUCUGAAAAGUUUGGAUCUCGUUUCAAUCGUACGGAAAUAAAAAGUUUCAGACAAGGGUCUGUCGUUGUGGAUUCUGUACUGAUUUUCAAUGAUGCAAACUCUGUUCCUGACACUGGAAAUGUGACUUCCACUCUGGAAGAAGCCGUUUCCACCAACAGCUCAGACUUUGCUCAACUUGCCGUAAACUCCACUAGUAUAAAAGCUGAACGUGUUUUCAGAACAGUAACACAAGCUCCGACAACAGUGACCACAAAUGCACCUUCAACCCCCACAUCAGAACCCACAACAGCAUCUGCAACAAGCCUUGAGACACAAACCACCAGUGGCUCCACCUCAACACCAACACAAUCAUCAACAUCAGUAUCCAUCACAACAUCACCUCAAACAUCUCCUUCAACAUCACAGCCUAUGACACUAUCUCCAUCCUCAUCAUCAGUUACAACCACAACACAGGCUUCAUCAUCAGUCUCUAUCUCUGCCUCCUCUACACUAGCAGCUAUAACUACAACAUCUGCUUCAGAAUCCACCACAUCCCCUGCACCAUCAACACCACCUGUUACAUCAACAUUAGUUACACCACAAACAACUGCCACAACACUUACAUCUACAACUGACUCCACCUCAACACCAGCACAAUCAUCAACAUCAGUACCCAUCACCACAUCACCUCAAACAUCUCCUUCAACAUCACAGUCUAUGACACUAUCUCCAUCCUCAUCAUCAGUAACCAUCACAACACAGGCGUCAUCAUCAGUCUCUAUCUCUGCUUCCUCUACACCAGUGGCUACAACUCCAACAUCUGCUUCAGAAUCCACCACAUCACCUGCACCAUCAACACCACUUGUCACAUCAACAUCAGUUACACCACAAACAAAUGCAACAACACUUACAUCCACAACUGGCUCCACCUCAACACCAGCACAAUCAUCAACAUCAAUACCCAUCACCACAUCACCUCAAACAUCUCCUUCAACAUCACAGCCUAUGACACUAUCCCCAUCCUCACCAUCAGUAACCAUCACAACACAGGCGUCAUCAUCAGUCUCUAUCUCUGCUUCCUCUACACCAGUAGCUACAUCUCCGACAUCAGCUUCAGAAUCCACCACAUCACCUGUAUCAUCAACAACAGAAGUCACAUCAACAUCAGUUACACCACAAACAAACGGCACAACACUCAUAUCCACAACUGUUCCCCAAACAACCACUCCCACAACAACUACUCCUACAACAACUACUCCUACAACAACUACUCCUACACCAACUACUCCUACAGCUCUCAUCCCAGAGCCUGAAGUCGAACUGGAAUUCAGGCUCCAGAAGACAUUCACACAAGAACUGCAAAAUGCCUCUUCACCAGCAUUUCAAGAGCUGGCUACUCAAGUGACCGAAGCGCUAGAUAAAGUAUACUCUGAAAAGUUUGGAUCUCGUUUCAAUCGUACGGAAAUAAAAGGUUUCAGACAAGGGUCUGUCGUUGUGGAUUCUGUACUGAUUUUCAAUGAUGCAAACUCUGUUCCUGACACUGGAAAUGUGACUACCACUCUGGAAGAAGCCGUUUCCACCAACAGCUCAGACUUUGCUCAACUUGCCAUAAACUCCACUAGUAUAAAAGCUGAACGUGUUUUCAGAACAGUAACACAAGCUCCGACAACAGUGACCACAAAUGCACCUUCAACCCCCACAUCAGAACCCACAACAGCAUCUGCAACAAGCCUUGAGACACAAACCACCAGUGGCUCCACCUCAACACCAGCACAAUCAUCAACAUCAGUACCCAUCACAACAUCACCUCAAACAUCUCCUUCAACAUCACAGUCUAUGACACUAUCCCCAUCCUCAUCAUCAGUUACAACCACAACACAGGCUUCAUCAUCAGUCUCUAUCUCUGCUUCCUCUACAUCAGUAGCUACUACUCCAACAUCUGCUUCAGAAUCCACCACAUCACCUGCUCCAUCAACACCACUUGUCACAUCAACAUCAGUUACACCACAAACAAAUGCAACAACAUUUAUAUCCACAACUGGCUCCACCUCAACACCAGCACAAUCAUCAACAUCAGUACCCAUCACAACAUCAUCUCAAACAUCUUCUUCAACAUCACAGCCUAUGACACUAUCUCCAUCCUCAUCAUCAGUAACCAUCACAACACAGGCGUCAUCAUCAGUCUCUAUCUCUGCUUCUUCUACUCCAGUAGCUACAUCUCCAACAUCUGCUUCAGAAUCCACCACAUCCCCCGUACCAUCAACAACAGAAGUCACAUCAACAUCAGUUACACCACAAACAAAUGCAACAACACUUACAUCCACAACUGGCUCCACCUCAACACCAGCACAAUCAUCAACAUCAGUACCCAUCACAACAUCACCUCAAACAUCUCCUUCAACAUCACAGUCUAUGACACUAUCCCCAUCCUCAUCAUCAGUUACAACCACAACACAGGCGUCAUCAUCAGUCUCUAUCUCUGCCUCCUCUACAUCAGUAGCUACAUCUCCAACAUCUGCUUCAGAAUCCACCACAUCACCUGCGUCAUCAACACCCCUUGUCACAUCAACAUCAGUUACACCACAAACAAAUGCAACAACAUUUAUAUCCACAACUGUAGCUACAUCUCCAACAUCUGCUUCAGAAUCCACCACAUCCCCCGUACCAUCAACAACAGAAGUCACAUCAACAUCAGUUACACCACAAACAAAUGCAACAACACUUACAUCCACAACUGGCUCCACCUCAACACCAGCACAAUCAUCAACAUCAGUACCCAUCACAACAUCACCUCAAACAUCUCCUUCAACAUCACAGUCUAUGACACUAUCCCCAUCCUCAUCAUCAGUUACAACCACAACACAGGCGUCAUCAUCAGUCUCUAUCUCUGCCUCCUCUACAUCAGUAGCUACAUCUCCAACAUCUGCUUCAGAAUCCACCACAUCACCUGCACCAUCAACACCACCUGUCACAUCAACAUCAGUUACACCACAAACAAAUGCCACAACACUUAUAUCUACAACUGGCUCCACCUCAACACCAGCACAAUCAUCAACAUCAGUACCCAUCACAACAUCACCUCAAACAUCUCCUUCAACAUCACAGUCUAUGACACUAUCCCCAUCCUCAUCAUCAGUAACCAUCACAACACAGGCGUCAUCAUCAGUCUCUAUCUCUGCCUCCUCUACAUCAGUAGCUACUACUCCAACAUCUGCUUCAGAAUCCACCACAUCACCUGCUCCAUCAACACCACCUGUCACAUCAACAUUAGUUACACCACAAACAAAUGCAACAACACUUAUAUCUACAACUGGCUCCACCUCAACACCAGCACAAUCAUCAACAUCAGUACCCAUCACAACAUCAUCUCAAACAUCUUCUUCAACAUCACAGCCUAUGACACUAUCUCCAUCCUCAUCAUCAGUAACCAUCACAACACAGGCGUCAUCAUCAGUCUCUAUCUCUGCUUCUUCUACUCCAGUAGCUACAUCUCCAACAUCUGCUUCAGAAUCCACCACAUCCCCCGUACCAUCAACAACAGAAGUCACAUCAACAUCAGUUACACCACAAACAAAUGCAACAACACUUACAUCCACAACUGACUCCACCUCAACACCAGCACAAUCAUCAACAUCAGUACCCAUCACCACAUCACCUCAAACAUCUCCUUCAACAUCACAGCCUAUGACACUAUCUCCUUCCUCAUCAUCAGUAACCAUCACAACACAGGCGUCAUCAUCAGUCUCUAUCUCUGCCUCCUCUACACCAGUAGCUACAUCUCCAACAUCUGCUUCAGAAUCCACCACAUCCCCUGCACCAUCAACACCCCAAAUCACAUCAACAUCAGUUACACCACAAACAAAUGGCACAACACUCAUAUCCACAACUGUUCCCCAAACAACUACUCCCACAACAACUACUCCUACAACAACUACUCCUACACCAACUACUCCUACACCAACUACUCCUACAGCUCUCAUCCCAGAGCCUGAAGUCGAACUGGAAUUCAGGCUCCAGAAGACAUUCACACAAGAACUGCAAAAUGCCUCUUCACCAGCAUUUCAAGAGCUGGCUACUCAAGUGACCUCAGCGCUAGAUAAAGUAUACUCUGAAAAGUUUGGAUCUCGUUUCAAUCGUACGGAAAUAAAAAGUUUCAGGCAAGGGUCUGUCGUUGUGGAUUCUCUACUGAUUUUCAAUGAUGUAAACUCUGUUCCUGACACUGAAAAUGUGACUACCACUCUGGAAGAAGCCGUUUCCACCAACAGCUCAGACUUGGCUCAACUUGCCAUAAAUUCUACUAGUAUAAAAGCUGAACGUGUUUUCAGAACAGCAACACAAGCUCCGACAACAGUGACCACAAAUGCACCUUCAACCCCCACAUCAGAACCCACAACAGCAUCUGCAACAAGCCUUGAGACACAAACCACCAGUGAACUUACCACAAUGCCUAUUUCUACAUCAACUUCAUCAACAUCACAACUAACAUCAGAACUCACCACAACUGCUGUCUCUAUGUCAACCUCACAACUAACAUCAGAACUCACCACAACAGCUGUUGCUACGUCAACUUCAUCACCAACAACACAACUAACAUCAGAACUCACCGCAACAUCUGUUUCUACGUCAUCCUCAUCAACAUCACAACUAACAUCAGAACUCACCACAACAGCUGUUUCUAUGUCAACAUCACCAACAACACAACUAACAUCAGAACUCCCCACAACAAUUGUUUCUAUGUCAACAUCACCAACAACACAACUAACAUCAGAACUCCCCACAACAAUUGUUUCUAUGUCAACAUCACAACUAACAUCAGAACUCCCCACAACACCUGUUUCUAUGUCAACAUCACCAACAACACAACUAACAUCAGAACUCCCUACAACACCUGUUUCUAUGUCAACAUCACCAACAACACAACUAACAUCAGAACUCCCCACAACAAUUGUUUCUAUGUCAACAUCACCAACAACACAACUAACAUCAGAACUCCCCACAACUGCUGUUUCUAUGUCAACAUCACAACUAACAUCAGAACUCCCCACAACACCUGUUUCUAUGUCAACAUCACCAACAACACAACUAACAUCAGAACUCCCCACAACAAUUGUUUCUAUGUCAACAUCACCAACAACACAACUAACAUCAGAACUCCCCACAACACCUGUUACUAUGUCAACAUCACCAACAACACAACUAACAUCAGAACUCCCCACAACACCUGUUUCUAUGUCAACAUCACCAACAACACAACUAACAUCAGAACUCCCCACAACAACUGUUUCUAUGUCAUCACCAACAACACAACUAACAUCAGAACUCCCCACAACUGCUGUUUCUAUGUCAACAUCACAACUAACAUCAGAACUCACCACAACAGCUGUUGCUACGUCAACCUCAUCACCAACAACACAACUAACAUCAGAACUCCCCACAACACCUGUUACUAUGUCAACAUCACCAACAACACAACUAACAUCAGAACUCCCCACAACACCUGUUUCUAUGUCAACAUCACCAACAACACAACUAACAUCAGAACUCCCCACAACACCUGUUUCUAUGUCAACAUCACCAAAAACACAACUAACAUCAGAACUCCCCACAACAACUGUUUCUAUGUCAACAUCACCAACAACACAACUAACAUCAGAACUCCCCACAACUGCUGUUUCUAUGUCAACAUCACAACUAACAUCAGAACUCACCACAACAGCUGUUGCUACGUCAACCUCAUCACCAACAACACAACUAACAUCAGAACUCCCCACAACAAUUGUUUCUAUGUCAACAUCACCAACAACACAACUAACAUCAGAACUCCCCACAACACCUGUUACUAUGUCAACAUCACCAACAACACAACUAACAUCAGAACUCCCAACAACAGCUGUUUCUAUGUCAACAUCACCAACAUCUCAACCUACAUCAGAACUCACUACAACAGUUGUUUCUAUGUCAACAUCACCAAUAACACAACUAACAUCAGAAGUCAUCACAACAGGGGAUGCUUCUACAAUGGCUACAGCCCCUACAACAGCUGCCCCUACAACAGCUGCCCCUACAACAGCUGCUCCUACAGCUGCUCCUACAACAGAGCUAAAUACUGAUUCAGCAAAUGCAGAUGAAGGCAGCCUCAAUCUGGAUUUUAGUCUCAAUCAGACGUUUACUUCCGACCUUUCUGAUCAAAACUCAGCGGCAUUCAAAGCACUAUCAACAGACGUAGUGACAAAACUGAAUGCAAUUUAUCAAGCACAAUUUCCAAGCACAUUCAAACGCUCCAGGGUCAUAAGCUUUACGUCUGGGUCAGUCGUUGUUGCCUCAGAGCUUGUGUUUCAAAACAGAACUUCAGUUCCAUCUAUUAGCAGCGUGGAAUCGACUUUGAACAACUCAGAUACCCUGAACAUAGUACCAGGCACCAUCAGAUCAAGUUCUACAGCUUCCACUACUGCAGCCCCUACAACAGCUGCUCCUACAACUGCUGCCCCUACUACAGCUGCCCCUACGACUGCAGCCCCUACAACAGCUGCCCCUACUACAGCUGCCCCUACUACAGCUGCCCCUACAACAGCUGCCCCUACUACAGCUGCCCCUACAACAGCUGCCCCUACAACUGCAGCCCCUACAACUGCAGCCCCUACAACUGCAGCCCCUACAACAGCUGCCCCUACUACAGCUGCCCCUACAACUGCUGUCCCUACAACAGCUGCCCCUACUACAGCUGCCCCUACAACAGCUGCCCCUACAACAGCUGCCCCUACUACAGCUGCCCCUACAACAGCUGCCCCUACUACAGCUGCCCCUACAACAGCUGCCCCUACAACUGCAGCCCCUACAACAGCUGCUCCUACACCUGCCCCUACAACAGAGCUAAAUACUGAUGCAGCAAGUGCAGAUGAAGGCAGCCUCAAUCUGGCUUUUAGUCUUGAUCAGACGUUCACUUCCGACCUUUCUAAUCAAAGCUCAGCAGCAUUCAAAGCACUUUCAACAGAAGUAGUGACAAAACUGAAUGCAAUUUAUCAAGCACAAUUUCCGAGCACAUUCAAGCGCUCCAGGGUCAUAAGCUUUACGUCUGGGUCAGUCGUUGUUUCCUCAGAGCUUGUGUUUCAAAAUGAAGCUUCACUUCCAUCUACUAGCAGUGUGGAAUCGACUUUGAACAGCUCAGAUACCCUGAACAUAGUACAAGGCACCAUCAGAGCAAGUUCUACAGCUUCCACAACUGUUGCCCCUACAACAGCUGCCCCUACAACAGCUGCCCCUACUACAGCUGCCCCUACAACUGCAGCCCCUACAACAGCUGCCCCUACUACAGCUGCCCCUACUACUGCAGCCCCUACAACUGCUGCCCCUACUACAGCUGCCCCUACAACAGCUGCCCCUACAACAGCUGCCCCUACAACAGAGCUAAAUACUGAUGCAGCAAGUGCAGAUGAAGGCAGCCUCAAUCUGGGUUUUAGUCUUAAUCAGACGUUCACUUCCGACCUUUCUAAUCAAAGCUCAGAGGCAUUCAAAGCACUUUCAACAGAAGUAGUGACAAAACUGAAUGCAAUUUAUCAAGCACAAUUUCCGAGCACAUUCAAGCGCUCCAGGGUCUUAAGCUUUACGUCUGGGUCAGUCGUUGUUGCCUCAGAGCUUGUGUUUCAAAACAAAACUUCAGUUCCAUCGGCUAGCAGCGCAGAAUCGGCUUUGGAAAACUCAAAUACCCUGAACAUAGUAGCAGGCACCAUCAGUGCAAGUUCUACAACGACGACUUCGGCUCCUAACACAACUGUAACAGCUACCACCCCUAACUCUGCUCCACCAGCCAGAUUGGUGUCAGCUCUCACUCUGGCUCUCACCAUGUUGCUCCUUUCUCUACAAAAUCUGACCUUCUUAUGAGAGCUUGUGUCUAAUGUAGAUUGACAUGUGCAUUUGACCUGUAUGAAGUUCAGCUAUGUGGUAAGAUAAAUCAAAAACCUGUACUAGAGAGCUGUACAGUUAGCUAUGCUAUGAUUCCAGCUGUGCAUAAGCAGUGUAUGACAGGCAGGCAAAAUGCUACUUGUUGAAUUAUGUCAUACUCUUUUUCUAUUAUGUAUUUAUGUCUACUUCUAAAAUAUCAAAAAUGCUAUUUAAGACUAACAUAUGCUAUUGUAGCCUACUGUAAAGCUAUGGUGCAACAUUAUGCAAACUUAAGCUAUGGUGUUGACAUGAUCUGUGCAUAUAUUGUAAUCUUUGCUUAUCGUAAUUGAGAAGAAAAUAUAAAGCUUCAUUUAUUGCAA